AUGGGGCCGCUCUUUACUGGGACCACGUUGGCGACCUCGAAGUGGAGCUUAGGUGCGUGCCAGGAGAACUGCGAGUUCGUGGCGGACACCUUGUCGAACAGCAUCACCAUCCUCGACGUUGGUAACUCCAUGAUGCUAGCGAUCUUCCAGAACACAGUUUGCAAGGACAUUGCGAAGCUGGCGGCGUUGAUUCUCGAUACCUUAACCUCAGAGCAACUGAAGGAGAAGGAGGCUGGUGAUGAGGGGGUUCCAGCUGAACGUGGCGACCAAGGAGGGAAUCAAGGACCGACCGUCAUGGAUCAGCUCAGGACGAUAGAGGAGAACAUCGACAAGGCGAAGCGACUGAUGCAGAACGCUGCCCAACCAGGUUCGCAGGUGCACGAGGUCUUCUCCGACACGUUCGUGCGCAGCAAGAUGGAUGAGAUAGCGCCGGCUCCUGAGUUUGGUCUCGGCCAGGUGAACGAUAAGGUCUUGGCAGAGGUGCUUCCAGUAGAUUCGUUCGGUCGCUUGGUCCUUGGCAUCACCAACAUCAAGAAGCUGUUCCCAGUCGGCGUCGAGUUCAAGGACGGCGCCAAAGAGGACGAGACAGCCAUGCAGGAGGCCGUUCACUACAAAGCUUUAUCGGACUUGGUCGCGUUCCUGGAUGCGAGCGGUACCGCCAGCAUCUUUGUACCAGAUGUGACCUUCGGCCCAAACGCGGUGAAGAUGCCCGUCGAGCUUGCUGUGGCCCACUUGCAAAUGAUGGUUCAGAUCAAAGACCUGGUGGCAGUUGCGGCGUUGCAGUAUGACAGUCUUCUCUCCAGCAAGAAGGGGGCAGCAGUGACGUCAGAUGAGUUGUUCGGCAAGGUCGUGCACGCCCAGUGCAUCCUCAGCAAGAGCUUGGUGAGGAUCGACAGCCUUUUGCUUUCAACGGAAAUCAAGGAGCUUGAGAAGUCGAAAUGGGUCGGUCCCAUCUCCGUCGAGGCCACCAGGCAGUGGAUCAAGUCCGUCGCAGUUUUCGCAGGGUUCUGCAAGUCGCAACUGCUCACUGAUAUGUCAGAUCCCGUGAACGGCGCAGUUGCGGAGUGCAGGAAGGUCUUACCCGACUGGGACACGGUGAUCGAUCAGAAGACGGGCGCGCUCAUCGAGAAGCUCGCGAUCAAGCAGUUCAGCGACUUGGAGAAGGUUGUGCACUGUUACAACAACGUACACAAGCACAUGCGGUGGUUCUCGCGCGCGGGCUCGUUGCUGGAGCUGUCCCCGCGCCUCCAGAACCGCGACCUCACCUCGGAA